AUGGCACCGAAAGCCAGCGGAAAGGCUAAGAAGAAGCGAAAGCAACGCCGCAAGGAAAGCUACGCUAUCUACAUCUACAAGGUGCUGAAGCAGGUCCAUCCGGACACCGGUGUCUCGUCGAAGGCGAUGAGCAUCAUGAAUAGCUUCGUGAACGACAUCUUCGAGCGUAUUGCUAACGAAGCAUCUCGUCUGGCCCAUUACAACCGACGGUCGACGAUCACCUCCCGCGAGGUACAGACCGCCGUUCGUUUGCUGUUACCGGGCGAGCUGGCCAAACAUGCCGUAUCGGAAGGUACCAAGGCCGUUACCAAGUAUACCAGCUCGAAGUAAAUCGUCGCCCGCCCCGCCGCCGGAUGUCACACA